GCAGAAAUCCUGCACAAACAAUUCUCCGAGUGUCGCAUAACAGUUGGGCAUACAUAGAGCAAAAAGGAAACGAAGAAGUUCAAAACAUGCUACGACAACUUAGAGAAGGCAACCUUGAUGCAAACCAGUAUGCUGAAAAGGAUGAAAUGCUUUAUCACAAGCAAGUAAAUGCAGAUGGUACGACAAAUUUGCAAUGGCUGAGGUCUUCAGGGAUACUGUUAUUUUGGUCUCUGUCUCGUCAGCUGCAGAGCUAGCUGAAGGCUGAGGUCUUCAGGGAUACUGUUAUUUUGGUCUCUGUCUCGUCAGUAGCAGAGCCAGCUGAAGGCUAAGGUCUUCAGGGAUAUUGU